UUUUACUUUGAAGGGCGUGGCAGGAAGCGCUGGUAGGUUUGAUGUGGAGAGCUGAGAGGAGCUCGUCUGCGUCACAGUGUAAGGAGAGUUUGUGGGAGCUGCUCCUCUUUCUCCGAGGCUGUGGAAGCUUCGCUCCGGGCAGAGAGGAGCUGGACCGCGUGGUGUUUCCUGGCUCUCAGCGCCGUUUGCAGACGUGACGAUGAAUCCUGCCCACCUGUGACGAUGGCCUGUCUGCCUCUGCUGCUCUGCCUCAGCUUGCUGCUGCGCUCAGAGCUCGCUCACCCGCCUCCCGCACCUGUUAACCUUAGUGUCGACUCUCUGAACUUCCGCCACGUCCUCUGGUGGAAGCCCGGCGACAACACGCCCCCUGGGACAGAGUACGGGGUCUUUGUGAGUGAUAAUAGAAAGAAGUGGAAACAGCAAUGCAACAUACCAACGCAGCCCCAAUGCAACCUAACAUCUGGAACAUCGAUGCCGCUGAUGCUACCACAGUGGAGGUUUCAUUAUUACCUGCACGUCAAAGCGUUCUUCAACCAAACCUGGUCUCCAAGGUCCGGAAUAAUUGAGUUUGCCCCUUACGCACAAACUAAAUUAGGUCCUCCAGAGUUCUCACUGGUCGGAUAUGAAAACUACAUCCAGAUCAACAUUUCACUGCCUCGGGUUGAUGACGUGCCUAACUUUCCCGGUAUCCAGGAAGAAUACAGAGCCAGUUUCAGAGUCUCAUUUCGGAUCGGAACCGAUGGAGAAAUCGGGACGCUGGAAACAGAAAAAAAAAGUUUGACCCUUGAAAACUUAAAGAGAGGGGCGGAGUACUGCAUACAGGUGAAGCUCAACAUCGGAAACCGAAACAACCAUGAACCUGAGCCGUCUGCCUGGAAGUGCACCUUCACCACGGCGGUGGACCAGCAGAGAGGCCUCACUUUAGGUUUGGUCAUCGGCGUCCCGAUGGUUGCCAUCUUCAUCGUCACGAGCUGCCUGCUCCUCCUCUUCUACACGGGAGUCAUUUGUAAACUGAAGGAAACUGUGCCCAGAGCUCUAAUUACGGCUCUAACCAAAGGCUACGUCCUGACCCCGCAGCCUACCGUCCCAGAUCCCAUCUCAGUUACCUCGGAGACCGGGAGCAUAACAAUCACACAACAUCACCUUCUGCCAACAUUGACGAUAACUCAGAGGGACGAUGACGAUGAUGAUGGCAACUUGCACUAUGAGCUUUCUGGCAACAUGUCAACGAACAGCGAGCCAACGGCAGCACUGGACGCUGGAAGUUCAAGGUUAUUUGCUAAGGUGAAGGUAACGGCGCUGCCUGCAGAGUCUGGACGAAGGCCAGGUGGAGACGGAGGUGGAGGGGCGCAGCUCUGUUUGGUGAAAGAGAGGAGUCGAAGUGGAGUCUGGGGACAAAGUCAGGACGAGGAGGUGGUGAAGUCCAAAGAGGACGAGGAGGUGCGGGACAUCUCCGGCAAUGUCAACCUGUUCUCAGUCACCCUCGCCUCAAUGGCUGCACGCGAUGAAGAUGAGGAGGACGUCACAGGCUUUUUGAAGGAGUCCAGCCUGGAGGGUUUACCUGCCACAGACUCACAAACUGAACCAGGUGAUCACCUGACACCUCAAGUAUUCCCGACACACAGAGACCGCACCGCGAGCAGACGUGAAGGCGACAGCACGGACACGCUAACUGAAGAGGAAGAGGAGGAGUUCUCGCCGUAUUUGAGAAACAGAUGAUACUGAUGUGUGCUGCUCUGAGCGUCGAUGACUCGCAGGUUCUCCUCGUGUUUGGAGACCAGCUUAUUAUUUGGUGCUGCAGGUCAGAAGAUCUGCAAAUGAACCAGCCGGAUUUUCUGUGUCCGACUUUUUGACUUGUUUGACUGUGAACAUAAAACUGAUGCUGCCAAAUGGGGUCCAGACACUUUUAAUGUUGUUUGAAAAUUAAACAUAAGCAUUUUAAGAAAAUCAAAUGAAACUGUGACAUUUCUCUUUGUAAUGUUCUUCAUUAAAUAUAGAUUUUAAUGUUU